CAUGAUUCUGGUGCGCGAACGACGUUUGUCGUCGACAAGUCAUCGCUCGGCAUUAGUGUCGGUCAGGUCGGUAGAGUGUCGGUUGUGCUUUCAAUUGCCGCUGUUCCACUAACAUAAGCGCGGAAAAAUCCUUUAGCGCGCACCGUCGCGUGUCGUCGCUCCGUCGAGUUGGACUCAGCAGUGAAAAGCCGCAGGCAGUCGCAAGAACAUGAAGUUCCUGCUCGCGCUCAGCGCGCUUCUAGCUGUAUCUACAGCUAACGUAAUAAUAACAGCAGUACCAGAUAAUCGUCCUCUUUUGGGCACAGAAGAAUGUACGUGGGGUCCGAGUUAUUGGUGUGAGAACCUAAAGACGGCCAAAGGAUGCAAUGCUGUCAAGCAUUGUAUCGAAAGAUAUUGGGAAAAGAUGGAAGUCCCGGAGGAUACCGACAACGUGUGCGAUAUUUGUAAGAAUAUGGUGCAACAAGCGCGCGAUCAGUUGGAGAGUAACCAGACUCAACAAGACUUGAAGGAUGUUUUCGAAGGCAGUUGCAAACUUAUUAUUAUCAAACCAAUUGUCAAUGAGUGCAUCAAUAUCGUGGAUCAAUUCGUUCCUGAACUUGUGGAGACACUGGCGUCUCAAAUGAAUCCAUCUGUAGUUUGUUCCGUCGCGGGACUUUGCAAUAACGCUCAUAUUGACAAAUUGCUUGCGGAACAUCAAGCAGUGAUAUCAAAGAAGGAUGGAACAAAGUCGUUUUUAUUGAAGGAUGACGAACUUGAACCUGAUGAAUGUUCUAAAUGUUAUACAAUAGCGAAACAUAUGGAAGAUAAAGUGCAGCAUACACCGCGCGAUACAAUGCUUUUGCGGAUGUUAUACAUAUGCGGCGAAUUUGAUUCUUUUUCGGACGCCUGUUCUGAUAUUAUUAUGUCUAAUUUUAACGGAAUUUACGAACAUAUACAGAAAAACUUCAAUGCAGAUAAUAUAUGUCAUUUGUCGGGACAAUGCAGCAACAAAUUUCAUAAACACGAGGAUGAUACCGAUACAGUCCCAAAAGUAGAGAUAACACCCUUGUCGAGUGUGGGCAUGGUGGAAGUUGACGAUGAUCUACCGUGCAAGCUAUGUGAACAACUAGUGGGACACUUGAGGGAUCUUUUGGUUGCAAAUACGACAGAAAUUGAAUUUAAGCAUAUUCUUAUCGGUCUUUGCAAGCAGACAAGAUCUUUCAAAGAUGAGUGUAUUGGCAUAGUCGAAGAAUAUUACCCGCAAAUUUAUGAAUAUCUUACUGAAGAAUUAAAUAGCAAUGUUAUCUGUCAAAUGACCGGAGUUUGUCCUUCUCCAGGCAAUAUGCAGGGACCAGUUUGGCCUUUGGUUUCAGAAAAAUCAGCACAAUUAGGAUUAAGCAUAAUGAAUGAAAACCAACAUGAAAAGCAAGUUGAAGUCACUAUCGGUAAGGAGCGUCCGAAAUCGGAAGCUGAAGAGAUGCAAUUGCCACUUGAGAGAUUAGUACCAUUUUCUCCGAUGCAAGUUGAAGGUGUUGAAGGAAAAGAAGCAUGUGCACUGUGUGAAUAUUUGUUACAUUAUAUACAAGAUGCUGUUUCAAACCCUACCACCGAGGAGAAGGUAAAACAAGUCCUUGGAAAGAUGUGUAAAAAGUUACCUAGCAUUCAAAACCAGUGUCAAGAAUUUAUAGAUACUUACGGAGACGCAGUCAUGGCUAUACUCGUUCAAGAAAUCGAUCCCGCACAGGUAUGCCCAAUGAUACAUGUUUGCCCGUCGAAGGAAUUAUUGCAAAUGUGGCAGCAAAUUCCCAAGGGAUUCAUUAUCGAAGAAGAGAAGCGGGAUAAGCCAAAUUGUCCGCUUUGUCUGCUGGCAGUGACACAAAUUUACAAUGCUAUUGAGAACAACAAAACUGAGGCUACCAUUCAAGCUGAAUUGAAUAAAUUAUGCAAGCACUUACCAAAUAGUCUGACUGAUCAAUGCGCUGAUUUCGUGAAAGCAUACAGCAAAGAGCUCAUAGAAAUGCUACUUGCAGAUUUGAGUCCCCAAGAAGUAUGCGUCUACCUCAAAUUGUGUGAUGCUAACAAAAACCUUGGUCCAAAGCCGGUUUCUCUUGAUGAAAAGGAUGGAGAGAUACUAACUAAUGAAAUACCAGAGUAUCCAUUAACCCCUAUAGAAUUUGCAAAUAACAAUCUAAUGGAUAACGGAAUAUGCAUAGUUUGUGAAUAUGCGAUGCAAUAUAUCGACAAAGUGAUUGGUAAAGAAAAGUCGCGACAGAAGAUCGAGGAGAUGGUUCAUGGUAUAUGCAAUCAUUUACCAAAGAAACUUUCCACGGAGUGCAACCAGUUUGUGGAUAAAUACGCUGACAUCGUGAUAACUAUCCUCUCAGAGGAUGUCAGUCCUAAAGAGGUCUGUGUCAUGAUUGGUCUUUGCCAGAGCAGCCUGCCGCACAUUAAAGAGUCUAUAAUGGAAUGUGCUCUGUGCCGAGCAAUCAUAUCGCAGAUUGAUGAUGAUUUAGGCGAUCCGAGAGUCGACGCUAAAAUCGAAGAUACUGUUCUCAAUGUGUGCAAACAUCUGUUGCCAUACAAGUACCAAACGUGUAAGAGGAUGGUGACGGUUUAUGGGCCGAGUAUAAUAAACAUGCUAAGGGACCACAUGGACAGUGACAAGAUAUGCGAUGAAAUCUCUUUGUGCAUUAAGGCUUAUGAAGCGAUGCGAAGAUCAUCGCAAGAAUGGCAAGUAAUGAUGUACACAGGGACAACCGCGUCGCAGGACACAAGAUUCAGCGACAAGGAGAAAAAACUUCUUAAACAAAUGAAAUUUGGGGAUUCAUUGACACAGAAGGUCGACAUGAGCAAGGUGAAACUCGACGUGAUCAAGCCAUGGAUCACCACGAAGAUCACGCAGAUUUUGGGGAUGGAAGACGACGUUGUGGUAGAAUUUGUAUAUAAUCAGCUCGAGGAGAAGUUCCCCGAUCCCCGAAAAAUGCAGAUCAAUCUCACAGGCUUCCUGAACGGCAGGAAUGCCCGUUCGUUCAUGGGUGAAUUGUGGGACCUUCUGGUCUCCGCUCAGGAAAGCGUUACGGGCAUUCCCGAGGCUUUCUUGCAACAAAAAAAAGAUCAGAUUAAGAAGCGUUUGGAAGAGCAAGAGAAGCUUCAAGCAUCAUUGGCGGAAAAGGAGAAAGAAAAGGAGCGCGAGAAAGAGAAGGAUGACGCCGAGAGUAAAGUGAAGAAAGAGGAGAAAGAUCGCGGCUCGUCGAAGGAGCGUAGAAGGGAUCGAAGCAGGGAUCGUGACCGUGAGAGAAGCAAAAGGAGUAGAUCGCGAGACCGACAUAGGGAUCGUGAUCGAUCGAGUCGCAAGAGGAGGUCCGCUUCUAGAUCGCCGAGCAAGAAUUCGUUGAAAGAUAACGGGAAGGAUAUGCCCGACGUUAAGAUCGAACGGGAAGACUCGCCGCAACCGGAGAAUGCAAUACCUUUGAUGCCAGUUAAAACUAAGCCGGAAGCAGCAGUUGCGAUAUCAAGAUUGCAAGCAAAAUUGAUGAGCAUCGCUGAUGGGAAAAAGAAGAAUAAUCGUACGCCCUCGCCGGAGUCAUUGGAGAAGUCUGCGAAGAAAUCACGGUCUAGAUCUAAAUCGCCGACGAGUCGUUCGAAAAAAUCUCGAUCCAAGUCACCCAGUCGAGACUCGAAGACGCGUAGAUCUCGAUCGCCAGCUUCGAAAUCCAGGCGAUCUCGCUCCAAGUCGAGAUCCAGAAGAUCUCAUUCGAAGUCCAGACGAUCGAAGUCGCGCUCGCAAGAUCGCAGCAAGUCCAGGCGCAGCAAGUCCAAGUCGCCAAGGUCACGAUCGCGCUCACACUCGAAGAAGUCGCGUUCCAAGAGCGACGAUCGUAGCAAGACUAGGAAAUCGAGAUCCGACUCGAGCGACUCGAGGUCCUCCAAGUCUCGCUCGAAAUCGCCGGACAAGCGGAAGGACAAUGUCGGUUCCAACCGGAAACGCGACGGUAGCACAAGCAGCAGUUCAGAAUCCGAGGAGGAGAAAAGCGCCAAGGACAAGAACGAUUUCGAGAUACGAAAGAAGAAGGAUGGCGUACAAGCCAAGCGAUCUUAUCGGAAAACUAAUAAGGAUGACAGCGGCAGCGAUAGCGAUUCCAGUCGCGAGAGAAAGUCGGCUCCUAAGAGGAGAAGCCCUUCACCGCGCAAAGACCGGGGACGCUCCAAGGAGAGAGACCGCGACAGGGGCAGAUCACGCGACAGAUCACGAGAUAGAUCGCGAGAUAGGUCGCGCGAUAGAUCGCGCGACAGGAAUCGAAGGAGGUCAUUGGACCGAGAUCGCGACAGGAGGCGAGAUCGGGAUCACGAGAGGGAGCGGGAGAGAGAGCGGGAAAGGGAAAGGAUGGAUCGGUAUAGCGGCAGCCGCAGUAUGCGGCCACCGUCGGUUCGCAGAGCGCCCAAUAGACGCAGUCCACCACGCAGGAGUCCGGCAAGAUACCGCCGUAGAUCACCGAGCCCUGGCGGAGACAGGCGCCGCAGGAGAUCUCUGGACCGCAGGAGACGGUCGUCGGAGAGACGCGACAGACGUCGAUCACCCGAUCACCGUGAUAGCAGACGUCGCUCACCGGAUGGACGGGACCGAUCGAGCAGGUACGAUAGAUCUUCCUCUCGCGACAGAUCGAGUAGGCAGGAUCGUUCCAGAGACCGACGAGAUAAGGAUCGUAGAUCUAGAUCGAAGAAUCAUAGAUCGAGAUCCAAGGAUCAAAGAUCAUCGGUGGAUCGUUCGAGAGACGGGAAACGGUCUCCCGAUCGUUCGAAGGAUGCCAAGGAUAAGGCAAGAGACAAGAAAACGGACGAGAAAGCUAAAAGACCGCCUGAUACAGGAUCGCGAAAAGAGUUGCGCAAUGGCCGAUCUAAGUCGAGUAGCUCGGAAAGUAGCGAGAGUAGUUCCUCUAGCAAUGAGGACGAGUCACUUAGGAAAUCAAUCGAGCGCAAGACGUCGCAGGAGAAGCGGGAGAGAGAGCGGGACCACAUUGACGACACCAAAAAAAAAGAGAAGGAGAAAGUGACGAAGGAGGAACCUGCUAAGCGGCCGGAGAAGGAAGUUAAAAAGACAGAGCCUGUUGUUGUGAAGAAGCCGGAGUCUAGUGUCUCUCCCAAGAAGCUUCAAACAAUCGCGCUUCCCGUUACCAGACAUAGAUUUUCGAAGAGUCUGUCGCGUACACCGUCGCCGUUCAAAAAGACCGAAGACAUCGUGGCAGCAGCGACCAAGAUUAAACAGACGAUCAAGGAAGAUAACAAAGACGAGUCGCCGAAUAUAGGAGAAGCGAGUUUCCCCGUUGGAGAUGCUUUCCCUCUGAAGAAGGAUGACAAAUCAUUGAAAACAACGAAAUUGAUAGCGGAAGACAAGAAGUCUACUCAGAAACCGUUAGAAUCUGCAUCAUCUAAAAAAUCCGUGGAAAGUACCAAGAAAGCAAAGAGAGAAAAGCACGAUGGUUCUACGGACAGUGAAGAUAGCGAUGCUGAAGGCAAGAGAAAAUCGAGGAAACUUGAGAAAUCAAGAAAGUCUAGAAAAGCAUCAACGGACGAAGAUAAAUCUGACAAGAGCAAAGCAGAAUCCAGUUCGGAUUCUGAUGACGACAGAAAACAUUCGGACAAAAAUAAAAAAGCCCGAGAGAUCGUUAGACCUGAUUCUUCAACGGACGAUCGCAGCAAAGAUCGAAAGGACAGUAGAAAACGCGAAAUCGCUGAGAAUGACACGCGCAAGCGCUCAAAGAAAGAUAUUGAAGAGGACAUGAAGAAAUCAAAAAGAUCGCGAAAGGACUCAUCCUCGGGUGAGGAAGAGCAGAAAGUGAAAAGAAGUAGGAACGAAGAGGAUAGAUCGAGAUCUCGAAAGGCAAAGAAGGACUCGAGUUCCGACGAGGAGCCCAAGAAGACGAAAAAGAGGCGGGAUACUUCAUCAGAGGACGAAAAGUCUCGAUCACGAAAGUCGAGGAAGGAUUCGACGAGCGAGGACGAGUCUAAAUCAAAAUCAAAGAAAUCUAAGCGCGACUCCAGCUCGGAAGAGGACGAUGUUGCGGACAAAGACGCAAAGAAGAAAAGGAAGAUUGACGACAGUUCUGACGACGAAAAGGUGAAAAAGAAGCGUAAGAAAAAAACGAAAACCAGCACCAGCGAGUCGGAGGAGAGCGAAAUUGAGGAAAAGAAGAAGAAGAAGGAGAAAAAGCACAAGAAACACAAGAAGCAUAAGAAGCACAGGAAGCACAAGAAGAAGAAGGUCGCGGAUUCAGAUGAAUCUGACGUAAGUGAAGGUAACACCGAAGAACUGGAAAAGAAACUUCGGGAGAAAGCACUAAAGUCUAUGAAAAAAGGACACAGCAUUGAACGAAGUGAUUGAGACAUUAAUGUGUGAUUUCUGAAAGUGUGUGUCAAGCACCACGUACAUGUGUAUCAUGCGAGAUACUUUUGUUGCGUGUUACAGAUAUGAACUUUUAUUUAGUAUCGAUUGGAUUGUUAUUUCUCUAUACAUCACUCAAUCCCUUCGUAACAAUAUGGAACGACAUUCGUGACGUUAAGAUAAUUUGUUUUCACAUGUGCUCGCGCGAAGAAUAUUGCCAUUUCAUUCUAUUUCUGAAGUUUGUAUUCAACUCGCCGUAAUUAUAUGGCAAUUUUCACUAUCAGUAAACAGAUGCAACAUGCUUAUCCAUGCCUGAUGAUAAAGUUUACAUUUCUGAAGAAUUUAAAGAGAUUCUUCAGAUAUGAGAAGUAGUGAUAAUAAUACGAGCCCCUUCUUAGGUUUCUAAGCAGGAUUAAGUGGAUUGAGAACUCGUAUAUACGGUGAUCUGUUUUAUGUUUUAUUUGUAUAAAGCUUAGUUUUCGGCCCAAUGUUGAAAGAAUAAUAAAUAGCGCAAUGAAUGUGAUGAUAUUACAGCAACUUACACAAGCUGAAGAACUAUGAAACAUCUAUCCCCGCAUGAAUUCACGCUCCCGAAUAAUAUAAUCGUUUCUGUUUUACAGUGAACCGCUAAUUUCUUCUAGACCUCAGAGUCGUCAUACCGAAUUUGCAUACGUGAUGUAGCUUAUUUAAUAAUUCACGUAUAUUCUCUAGUACUGAAAGAUAAAAUACACAGCAUUGAAAAUUAUA